ACGGAUAACAGAUGACAGUGACAGCCGGAGUCCAGGGAAUGAAUUGUGUUCACGAACGAUUAUACAAAAUUAAAAUCAGCAAAAAAUAAACUUUGACCAAACGAUGUUGUGUCAUCAAUUCAAACUACUUGUAAAAAUUUCUCUCCAAAUUUUGGAAGUGAAAUAAUCCAGACAACUCAAUAUUGCAAACUUGAAUAAAUUCUCAACGUAGUUAAAUGGCAUCGCAAUCAGACUAACAGUUACUAAAAUUCGCAUAUAAUUAUUCAAAAUUCUCCUUGCAAUUCGCUUUGAUUGGUUUUUGUGGGGCAUCACAACAAAAUGAAACGAAAUAAAGAUGGUAAAAUUACUCUUGCCAUGCUAAAAGGAAAAUCAAUAACAACUUCGGUUCCCUCUAUAUCGAUUAAGUUUCAUGCAAAUGCUGAACAAAUUGAGGAACUUUAUGGAAGUGAUGACGAGCUAAAGACUGAAAUUAAUGAGAAAAAAUUGUCGGCAGCUACUAGGGAAAAGGGCAGCAAUUCAACAGGAAAUAUACAGGAUACCGCGGAGGGAAGUCCACUGAAAUAUUUACGCUUAAACAAGCGAUCAAACAGUACGGAAGUAACAACAAUAUCUGAUUCUUCCCCGCCGUCAGAUCCAUGGAAAUUUUUUUCAGAGAUCAAGGAAAAAAUUGCCAAGAGCGUCGAGGACAAGAUAACAGAGAUCAAGGCUAAGAAUCAGGAGGACGGGUCGCCCUCCAAGGGUAAAACGGAAAAAACGAGUCGGGAAAAUUCCAAUCUUUCCGAUUCUGAAGAGUUAUCAGAGAGCAGCUUAUCCAGAACCUGCGGUAUUGCGUCUACAACUGAAGGCGCAGAAAUGGCCAGCGACGAAGAGUCUAUCUCCCUCAAAAACGACACGCCCACUAACCUAAAAUCCUCGCCGAGUACGCCAACUGUGAGACAGAGGUUCAGGCUGUUGAAGACCUCCAAAAACGGCAUGACCACUUGCAAAGAAGGCACCGUUUCUAUGUCUAGCCUCACUAAAAUGUACAACGUCAACGUGGACGAUACCAAACAGAUGCUACCGGACCAGACAGAAGAGGUGGAGAGUGGGGUUGACGCCCUCGCUGAUGUCGACUUCAAAAACACCCCUAAGGGAAGUUCCUCCAAGAUGGUACACAGUAGGUCCCUUGUAUUGAGCUCGUUGGAGAAGAGCAUCGAUAACAUUGAGAUAGACGAGGAUGGUACUGUCAAUAUAAGAGAAGUAGCUGGUAUACGUUGGAAGGGAGAGGGAAGCGAUGAUAAAAGUGAGGUUAAGACUGUGUUCGCUCCCACAGGAUUCGUCGAUUUCAGAUAUAGGAUUCCGAAGGAGAACAGCAAUUUUUUAUUAUUUGUGCUGGUAUUGAUAAUUUCAAUUUUGUACCUAUUGAUACAGAGGUAUUCUGUAUACACCGCUGGUAUGAUUGCCGGUAUAUCGAUUACCUGCUUUUCCUAUUACAUCAUGAAUAAAAUAUCACCUGGUACCGAGAAAUGCAAGAAGGAAACUGCUCCCAAAGAUAUUUGGGAAGUACCGGCCAUCAAGGAGUAUCAGCCGAUGUUGAAAUACGAGGGAUGGCUGAAUGAAUACCCGGAGAAUUAUGACCCGACAACUUAUCAUAUCAGUCUAACACAACCUGUAUAUUUGAAACUGGAAGGAAAUUGGCUGCGAAUAAGCAAUACUACAUCCAAAGUACCGAAAAGGGCGAUGUGGAACGAAAAAGAGAUAGUGAAAAAUUUCAAACAACGCAGGAUUUACAAUUUAUUGGGGGCCAAAGUUUGUCUUUUACCAUUGGGUUUGGCCAAAAUAAGACAUUGGAGUAAAAAGUAUCCAAUUUGCAUCUCUAUCCCGAGAGAUCAGUUCGAAUUUGAGGAUGAUCUGAUGUCGAAAGACACUGAUGAUGAAAAAGAUAGUCCACCGUUCCUAAAGAAAGGAUCGGCAUUCAAUUUCCGAAAAAAGAAGUCUUCGACAUCUCUGCCUCAAAGGUUCAGUAAGCUGGUCGCAGAGCAAGAUGAAUUCUACACGGAUGUCGAUUCUCGAUCGGAUACUUCAUCACCGAUCCAUGAGGAGGAAAAAAUGUUGACCGAAGGGAUGGAGAAAAAUCUGGAUCACGCUGAAGAUAAUAAUGGCAACCUGGAUGAUACUUGGUCUAAUUGUACCUUGGACGAAAGUCCAACCGAGACCAGGAUUUACCUGUUCGGAAGAACGGACAGAGAGAAAGAAGACUGGUUCAGGAGAUUGUGCAUGGCGAGUCAUCCUCAACCUUCUAAUGUUCCUACAGAAAACGCUGGUGAUUUGAAGAAAGUAGCUUCGGUGGAGUCUAUACUGAAAGAAAGCGAGUACACCCUAUACAUGUCUUCUAUACUUAAAGCAUUUAAGAAAAGGGACGAGCAGAAUUCCAUAUUUUCCAAUAGUACGAUUGAAAUGGAGAACGUCUCUUGGGUGAACGCAUUCCUCGGAAGAAUACUGUUCGAUUGCAUGUGCGACGAGAUAUUCACAUCUAAGAUCAAGGAGAGGAUCCAGAGGAAACUGGCAGCCAUAAAGUUACCUUACUUCAUCGAAGAACUGUCCAUAACUGAACUGAAUCUUGGAAAAACCGUACCUCUUUUCAAGAAGAUCAGUAAACCGACCAUGGACGACAGGGGGUUGUGGGUGGAUAUGAACAUGAUAUACGAGGGUUUAGUCGUGUUGACUCUAACUACCAAACUUAAUCUUAUGAAGUUGAAGCAGCCACCAACGGAAGCUGAGCGCGAGGUACACAGUAAAUCCGCCAUUUUCAACUCCGAUGUGGACGAUUCUGCCGAAAGCAGCUCCGAGGAUGAGAGUAUCAUAUUUUCCAGUGCUACAGAUGCGACGAAUUCUGUACCGGUGCCGCCGGUGAAUAAGAGCAAGAAGUUGAUGAAAAUGGUGGAUAAGAUUACGGAGUCGAAAUUUUUUCAAGCAGCUACUGAUAAUAAGUAUAUAAAGAGGGCAAUGGAAGGAGUCUCCAAUACAGAGCUCAGACUGAAGGUUGAAGUGAGGAUUCUCGAAGGCACGUUGGUCUUGAACAUCCCUCCACCCCCAAGUGAUAGGGUUUGGAUAGGGUUCAGACCUCUACCCGAGCUAUCCUUGUCCGCUCACCCGGUGGUUGGGGAGAGAAAUAUUUCGUUUAUCCACGUCACCAAUUUGAUAGAGAAAAAACUGAUCGAGGAAUUUCAGAAACUCCUGGUGAUACCCAACAUGGAGGAUGUAAUCAUUCCGGUAAUGAUGUCGAAGCUCCCAAACUGAAGCAUUUCUUGUCGUUGAUGUUUUGUGUGAUAAUUUCAGGGUAUUUAACACUCUGCUAAGUGUUUGCUGUCCUUAAAACACCCGGUGAGAACCAUUGGAAGCAUUUUUAAGAGUAAAUUAAGGUAUAAAUCGAUUUUAUGUUUAUUAUUAAAGUUCCAAUUUUGAAAUUUUACAUCACUGGAAAAAAAUGUUUAAUGUAAUGUAAGUUGAACUGAGUGCAUUCAAUGCAAAUUCAAUCCAGUAAUCGACAAUUGGGGUUAUUGGUGUAUUCCACUUUAAAAUGAAAAUUAACAAUAAAGAAGUUUUCAGGCUAGAUCCCAGACAGAUGGGUCGAAACAAUCAAUGUGAAAUAAUUAGCAAAACAAUCAAUGUUAAUGAUGGGCGUUAAUUUUGUGUUUUCACUCAUUGUACUUGUUAUAUUGAAGCAAAAGUACUUACGAUUCCUUCAAAAUUGUGUGAUAAAUACUACCUUUAUCUAUAAUGUGUAUUUUCUUACCGAGAGUAGUUAGUUGUUGACACAUGUUUAAGUAACUU